UGAAUUUUUAUUUUCUUUUUUAUCAAAAUAGAAUUUAUCAGUGAAUUUUUAUUUCCUUCUACUGGAUACCGGUACGGCGGUACCCUCUUUUCACCGCCGGCUGCCGCACCUCGCCGCUGCCGCCUAGCACACCAUUCUCGGCCUCCACUUCUGAGCAAAAAUCCGAGCUUCAACGGUCUUAUCUGAAUUUAUCCGUUCUCUCUUCCUUUUAAGUUUUCCGAAGAGAUCAUGGCUCAACAUGUCGAAAUUACUAGGGCAAAUUGGAGUGAUCCCACCCAAAGGAAACACUUCAUUGAUCUUUGUCUCCAUGAGGCAAAUAGUGGAUUUAGGUCAGGUGGAACAUUAAAGCCUAGUUCUUGGCCUCGAAUUAUUAAAGAGUUGGAGAAGUUAGUUGGAAAGCGUUUUAAUCAAAAACAGCUUAAGAAUGCAUGGGACUACAUGAAAAAGCAAUACCUCACAUGGAGUAGAUUGAUAACUAUGAUGGGAGAUGGUUACAAUUCUGUUACUAAAACUUUUGAUUUGCCAACUGAAAGAUGGGAAGAAUACUUACAGAAAUAUCCAGAAGCUAAGCAAUUUCGUUAUAGGCCUUUAGCAAAUGCUGAGGAAUUAGAGGCAUUGUUUGGAGGAGUGCUAGCAAUUGGGGCUAAAAACGGGAGUUCUGAGGGGAUGGACAACACAUCAUCGACACAUUCCACAUCAAUGCCUUGUGAAAUUCCAAUUAGUCUAGAGGAAGAUGACAAUUUGCAAAGAAAAUUACAUUGGGAGCAAACUGCUGAUGAUGAGGUACGAGUUCCUCACAGAAAAAGAAAGAGAAAAUUAGAUCAAAUUGAAGCAAAAGUAAAUAGUAUAACUUACGCCUGGGAGAAUCUUGAAGGACCCUCGGUGCAAGAAUGCAUGAAGAUUUUGCGACAACUUUUCACUUUUGAAAAUCCACUAUAUUUUGUAGCAGCUAAUGCAUUUUGCAAGAAGAAAGAAUAUCGGGAGUUGUGGAUGGAUAUGGAAAGUGACCAAGAGCGGAUAGGAUGGAUUUGGAGUCUGCGAAAAUGACAUAGAACAUUUGGGAAUAGGUAAUGAACAUAAAACAUCAGUACAAGUUUUUUUUGGUUAUUUUUGGAUAUUUGGUGCAUUGUUAGAUAUGAUACAUUUGCAUUAUCUUUAGUUUCCUAUGUUACUAUAAUUUGUUAACAUAGAAUAUUUUUGCUACUUGAAUGUUACUUUUUACAAUGCCUUAUGGGAUUCCAUAUCA